GCGCGUGGCGAAUGUGAAUAAUCAAGUUCAAAAUCAUCUGUUUCUCACGCGCUGCUCGCAUUUUCCUUUUUCCGUUACAAGCCACAACAACAAAGACGACGUCGUAACACAAAUCGUAUUCAAAACCAUUGCAAAAAGUUCGUUAUCGUUACGAUUCUACACGAAUUGAACGACAUUUGUUGAAUGAUUUCGAUGAUUUCCGAAACCAGAGCGAGAAAUCAUCUCGUUCGUAAGGUUUUCACACGAAUUUUUGGUUGAUUCAACCGUUUUUGAUCGGAAAAUCGCGAUGUCGGAACGGAAAACGACGUCUAGGUCAAGAAGUAGCGGCGGAGGUGUCUCCGGUGGCUCGCAUGCGAUUCUGGAUAGUGUUUCGUCAUCAGGUUCCAUUCAACUCGGUCGUGUUCAGCCGCAGGCGCCGUGUCAUCGCACGGUUUUCUGUAACGAUUAUGAAUCGAACUAUCUAGCCAAAUAUCUGGGAAAUUCAGUAUCAACAACGAAGUACAACCUUUUUACUUUUUUGCCGAAGGGGCUUUAUGAACAGUUCAGGCGGGUGGCUAACCUGUACUUUCUCACCAUCUCAUGCUUAUCAUUUACACCUGUCAGUCCUGUUAGUCCAAUCACAAAUGUAGUCCCAUUAAGUAUUGUGCUUUUCGUCUCUCUUGUCAAGGAGGCGUUCGAAGAUUGGAAACGCCUUCAAAAUGAUAUGACGAUAAAUAAUUCUCCUGUUGACUUGCUGCGAAACCAAAGGUGGGAAUCUGUACCCUGGAAGUCAGUUCAGGUUGGGGAUAUUAUUAGAGUGAAGCAAGACGCCUUCUUUCCAGCAGAUCUAGUAUUCCUUGCAACUACAAAUCCGGAUGGUGUAUGCUAUACUGAGACUGCAAACCUGGAUGGUGAAACAAAUCUUAAAAUCAGGAAAGCUUUGGAGAAGACAUGGGACUAUAUAACCCCUGAGAGAGCCUCAGAAUUUAAAGGAGAAAUACAGUGUGAACAACCAAAUAAUUCACUUUAUACCUUCACUGGGAAUUUGAUAACUCAAAACCAAACUUUACCCCUUGGUCCAAAUCAAAUUCUGUUGCGAGGAUGCAAUCUCCGUAAUACAGAGUAUAUCGUUGGGGCUGUAGUAUUUACCGGACAUGAGACUAAGGUAAUGAUGAAUGCCAUGAAUGUCCCUUCAAAAAGGAGCACACUUGAGAAGAAACUUGACAAAGUAAUAGCUACUCUUUUUGGUGUUCUUCUUACCUUGUGUCUCAUUGGGGCUAUAGGCAGUGCCUUAUUUGUGAAUGAGAGGUAUUACUACUUACAGCUUGGGAAUAAUGUGGAAUCUGAACAGUUUAAUCCCGGAAACAGACCUUUGGUCUUUGUUCUAAGCAUCUUCACCCUGAUUACUCUGUAUUCACCAAUUAUUCCAAUUUCUCUUUAUGUUUCUAUUGAGAUGAUCAAGUUUAUACAGUCAACUAAAUUUAUUAACAAUGACUUGCGUAUGUACCAUUCUGAAACUAACACCCCUGCAUUGGCACGAACAUCGAAUCUAAAUGAAGAACUUGGGCAGGUGGAGUACAUAUUUUCUGAUAAAACGGGCACUUUAACUAGAAACUUAAUGGAGUUUUUUAAAUGUUCUAUUGGUGGAGAGACAUAUGGGACUGGUGUUACUGAAAUAGAAGUGGGAGUAGCAAACAUCGAGGAGGUACAGAAACCAUCAACCAAAGCAUAUGAUAAGGGGUUCAAUUUUGAUGAUGCUAGGCUUAUGUCUGGUGCUUGGAGGAAUGAACCUAAUCCUGAUAUGUGCAAGGAAUUUUUCAGAUGCCUUGCUAUAUGCCAUACUGUACUCCCUGAAGGUGAUGAGACGCCAGAUAAGAUUAGAUAUCAAGCUGCAUCGCCUGAUGAGGCUGCUUUAGUUGUCGCUGCAAAGAACUUUGGAUUCUUUUUCUAUAGGCGUACACCUACGAUGGUAUAUGUUCGUGAAUCACAUGCUGAGAAAAUGGGGAAAGUUCAAGAUGUUACAUAUGAAAUCCUUAAUGUCCUUGAGUUUAACAGUACUAGAAAACGGCAGUCUGUUGUAUGUCGAUACAAAGAUGGAAGGCUUGUAUUGUACUGCAAAGGGGCCGAUUCUGUAGUUUAUGAAAGAUUGGGUAGUGGGAAUGAUGAAAUAAAGAAAAUUACUAGAGUGCAUAUGGAACAAUAUGGAGAAGCAGGAUUGCGAACUCUUUGUUUGGCUUAUAAAGAUUUAAGCCCUGACAUGUAUGAAAGUUGGAAUGAGAAAUUUAUGCAGGCAAAAUCUUGUUUACGAGACCGUGAGAAGAAGUUAGAUGAGGUGGCGGAACUGAUGGAGACAGAUCUAAAUUUGAUUGGAUGUACUGCUAUAGAAGAUAAGCUUCAAGAUGGGGUACCGGCCUGCAUUGAAACUCUUUUUAAAGCUGGAUUAAAGAUAUGGGUACUUACAGGGGACAAACUGGAAACAGCAAUAAAUAUAGCUUAUGCUUGCAAGUUGAUUAAUAAUGACAUGAAACAGUUUAUUAUAAGUUCAGAAACUGAUGAGAUCAGGGAAGUUGAAAACCGAGGUGACCAAGUGGAGAUAGCUCAAUUUAUAAAAGAGAAAGUUAAAACUGAGUUACAAAAGUACCAAAAAGAAGCACAAACUAUCCUUAGUGGCUCAUCGGGCCAAAAGUUGGCCUUUCUUAUAGACGGGAAAUGCUUGAUGUAUGCAUUAGACCCAAGUUUGAGGUCAAUGUUGCUUAGCUUUUGCUUGAAUUGUAGCGCGGUUGUUUGCUGUCGUGUUUCUCCUUUACAAAAGGCACAGGUGACAAGAUUGGUGAGAAAGGGGGCAAACAAGAUAACACUAAGUAUCGGGGACGGUGCAAAUGAUGUUGGAAUGAUUCAAGCAGCUAACAUUGGUGUUGGGAUAAGUGGUAUGGAAGGAAUGCAGGCUGUGAUGGCAAGUGAUUUUGCAAUUGCUCAGUUUCGGUUUUUAACGGAUUUACUCCUUGUGCAUGGAAGAUGGUCUUAUCUUAGAUUAUGCAAGGUUGUUUCCUACUUCUUUUACAAGAAUCUUACAUUCACGUUGACUCAGUUCUGGUAUACGUUCCAAACCGGUUACUCGGGUCAAAGAUUCUAUGAUGAUUGGUGUCAGUCUCUCUACAAUGUCAUUUUCACUGCCCUCCCGGUUGUCAUCGUUGGACUGCUUGACAAGGAUGUAAGUGUAGCGCUUUCAAAGAAAUACCCUCAAUUAUACAAAGAGGGAAUACACAAUACUUUCUUCAACUGGAAAGUUGUUGGUAUUUUGGCAUUGUUUUCACUUUAUCAAUCUAUAGUUGUGUACAAUUUCGCGGUUGCUUCUAGCACAUCAGGCUUGACCUCAACAGGAAAAAUGUUGGGCCACUGGGAUGUUAGCACAAUGGCAUUCACAUGUCUUGUGAUUACAGUCAAUCUGCGUCUUCUGAUGAUGUGUAGCACAGUUACAAGGUGGCACGUUAUUAGCAUUGGGGGCAGCGUGCUGUUAUGGUUCUUGUUCAUCUUUAUAUAUGCUAUCGUUUUUGUAAAUAAGGGAACGUUUUUCACCAUUUAUGUGCUAAUGAGCACCAUCUACUUCUAUCUGAUGGUCAUUCUUGUUCCCAUUUGUGCACUCGUAUGCGAUUUCAUAUACCAAGGGUUUCAGAGAUGGUUAUUCCCGAACGAUUAUCAGAUUGUUCAGGAAGUCCACAGGCAUGAAUCAGAUGCAGUUGGUGUAGGAUUGCUUGAUAUAGGCCACCAGUUGAGCCCAGAAGAUGAAAUAAGGUACGCGUUUGCUAUGCUCCCAAAAGAAAAUUCAAAGCACACGGGUUUUGCCUUCGACUCACCAGGAUACGAGUCGUUUUUCGCUUCACAACAAGGAGUGGUUGCACCCCAAAAGGCUUGGGAUGUUGUUAGAAGAGCUAGCAUGAAACCAAAAGACAAAAAACCUCAAAAUAGCCAACACUAGUAGCUAGCUCACACUCAAAAACAAAAAAAAAAUAUACUUGUAGUUUUAAAAAAUCAGUUUACAUUUUUGAGGAGUUUAAGGUUUAAUAUCAUUUUGAUUCAUUCA